UUUAUUUUCUGCAAAUCUGAAACAUGGCUGACCCAAACAAAAAGUAUGGUUUGUUCCUUCCAAAGAGCAAAAAGUCAGCAGUGAAGACUACAAAUGUUUUUGAUGAUGACAGUGAUGAUGACUUACCAGGAAUGGCUAAGGUCAAUGCCACAAUCAACAAAGAAGCCCACAAGUCCAAGGUUAAGAGACAGACCCAGAUAGCGAUUGAUCAGGCUUUAGAACAAGACCCAAAUAUCUACGAGUAUGACAAGAUCUAUGAUGUGAUGAGCAACACAAAAGCUGAAAAGGAAGAGGCAGCCAAGGCCAAAAAGGAUAACAAGCCGAGGUAUAUUGGUAACUUAAUGAAAGCAGCAGAAAAACGCAAGCUUGAACAGGAAAAGGUUCAGGAGAAGAAGAUACAGAAGGAGCGUGAGACAGAAGGAGAGGAAUUUAAAGAUAGAGAAGUAUUUGUAACGGGAAAAUACAAAGAAAAGCUGCAAGAAAUGGAGAGGGAGGCUGAAAGGGAGAGGAGGGAAGCUGCAAUGGAGGAACUGCUGGAUGUGAAGAAACAGAAGGACAUGAGUGGAUUUUACCGUUACUUACUGAAUGAAAAAACAGGAGAAAGUAUCCACAAUGGGGAACAGUCAGCUAUACAAGUGAAGACAGAACCUUUAACUGAAGUAGAUACAAGUCGAGUGAAAGAGGAGCCGGAAUCAUUUGACAAAAGUGUGACAACAAAUAGAGUCAAGCAUAAUUCAUCCUCUGAUGAAUCUACUUCCUCAUCCGACUCUGACCAACCAGUUAUAAAGGAUUCCAAGCCAGUGGACAGGAAUAAAAAAUCCAGGUCACCAGAAAGGAGAAAAAGAUCAAGGUCUCGAGAAAGAAGGUCAAAGUCACCAAACAGGAGGAUUAGGUCAAGGUCUAGAGACAGGAGAAGGUCAAGGUCACCUGAUGUAUCACGUGGAGAAAAAAAUAAGAAACGCAGUAAUGAUAGUGAUAGUAAGCACAGACACUCACAUAGGUCAAGGUCAAGGUCAAAGGACCGUUAUUCUGAUAAACAUUUACACAAAGACAAGAAACAUCGUUCAUCGUCAAGAGAUAGAAGUAGCAAAUUAUCCAAACAGUCCACAUCUAGUGAUAGAAAAACUACAGACAAAGGGCCAAGAUCAGCUGAAAGGUUUACAAAGGAACAGGUCGGAAAAGAUGCCUUAUUACCAAGUAAAAACACUCAAGAAAAGUCAAAGGAGAUAGGGCGAUCAGAAAAAGUUACAAGUGACUCUGAAACGAAAACAAAGUAUGCUAAACAUACUACUGACAAAUCAUUUAGUGAUGCUAAAGCACGGUACCUAGCUAGACAGAUAGCCUAAGUCAAGGCAAACUCAGCAAUGGAUGAUACAACAGCUAAGUAGUUCAUCAUAAGUGUUAACUAGUGUAAUAUCACAGAAACACAGAGAGUUAACUAGUUAUGGACACAACA